GUUUGAUUGGCUGGAGCUGAGAUGGGUUCGAAAUUCGAAAACAUGGACGCUGCAUGACAGCAAGCACAACAACUCAGUAUCUUCAGUAGUUUGUAAUAUUCAUGUUGAUCAGAGAGAGAGGAGUAAGCAACUACAAAAAAUUUUAGUCUGAAAAGCCCUUAUCAGGGCGGACUUAGUAUCAUGGCAUUUAGAACCUCAGAUUCUUGUGGCCAUGGUCAGCCUGAGACUACAUCACAUUCUUCAAAAAGGAGAUCAACCAGAAGAUCUUGGUUUGAGACACCUCCAGCUACAAAGUUUGAUAUUGCUGUUGAAAAACAGGCAGCACUGCCUCCAAAUGGGAAGAACAAGAGGCGCAGCAUAGAUGAUGUGGAGACCCUCAUCCUCACUCACUUCACAGCCUCUCCAAGAAUUGGUUUUGGUAAGGUGCUUCUGGGUCAAUCAAAGACUCGUACCUUAAUGGUGCAGAACCCUCAUGACUACGAGCAGGAAGUGGUGGUAGAGCGCUUCCCAUUCAAGAAAUAUUUCAACAUUGAUCAGACACACUUCAUCAUUGCUCCAGCAGAGGUCAUAAGCCUGACGCUAACAUGGACCCCAGAGGAAGCGGGAAGUUGCAGAGAAAUGAUUCUUUUUCAUGUCAGUGACGUCUUCCGUCUCCAGGCAUAUAUGUUCGGUACUGCUGAAGACCCAAAGCCAGCAAAAAAGAAGAAGAAAGGCAUGUUUGGCAGUCGUCUCCGAAACCAGCCACCAAUGAACAUCGUCCAAACUUCAGCCCUCAAGAGCAUUCAUGACAGCUACAGUCCCCGCAAGAGCCAAGAGGUGCGGGAACUUAGAGCACAGCUGCAGCAAUUCAGAGACAGUUGCAGAGAGCAGGAAAACUUGCAGCCUCUCUUGUUAGAUGAGGCCAUACCACAGACUCCUCCUGUGCUGGAGUCAACAGCCAUUUGCCGGAGCAACGAACGCAAAGAUCAGAAUGCCAUGGAAAGGCAGAUAAUUCGACUUUCACCAUCACUUACCAAAAUGAGUCCCAUUCCUACUGUUGCUGAUACCAACGCCAUGCACAUGCUGAAUUCUUACUGCGCAGGACCAUCUGAGCAUUCAUCCGUGCCACAGUCAGAUAAGAAUGUUAAAAGAAGCCCUCUUAAAGUGGUUUCAGCUGAAAAUAAUCAAGAGACAUUGGCUAAAGUUACCACAGUAACUCCAGGAGAAAACAGUUCUCAAAACAUGUCAGAGAAAAUUAUUCAACAGGAAAAGAGAAACAGCUCUUACGAGAAACAAAAUAUUAGAACAGAUGAGCAAACAUAUCUUUCUCCCAAUUCAUUUCUGAAUGAAUCAGUCUGCCACAUGAAACCUAGCACUCCCGAGAUUGGGCUUGUCAGAUCAUCUGGGCAGGUUCAUAAAAUGGAGAAGGUUGGUAUUGUUAGUCCAAACUCAUUUCUUGAAGAUCUAAACAGCACUAAGGGUCAGCUGGAAAUGGAUGGAAAGGAUUUCCCAAGUCCCUCUGCAGUCCUCAACAGCUCUAUUCCUCAUGACAUCAUGAUCAAGCAACUGGAACGGAUUAAAACAACUCUUCAUAAGGCAUCAACCCCAUUAAAAACCUACACACAGGAACCUGUGAGCAUGCUCAAGAGAAGACUGAAAGAUGAAACAAUAGAAAUAAAAAAAGGCAAGAAACCCCGUCAGGCUGAACAAAAAUUCAAACUUACAGCUUUCUCUGGUGUGCGUGUUUCAAACCCAGCCAGCUCAAAAGAGAAACAGCUGCAUCGCAUAGUAAGAGAACGAACCAACUUUGCAAAAAUUAGUGAUACACAUAGCCCCAGAAGAAAAACCUUUCUUGUUUCCAAAAAACAGACAGUAAAGAGAAGUUCUCCCUGCAAAGGCCAGGCAGUUACUUAUCCAAACAGAAGGCGGAUCCAGGGAAAUGUCUAUAACAAGGCAGGAGUUGAUGGAAAACAAGCCUUUUCUUCAGUAGAGGCAUCAGUAAUCAGGGAAGAGUUUCAGAGCACUGCCUUUCACAGACACCAACAGGAGCAAACCAUGUAUAACUCUAUUGCAAAAACAACACAGCCGCCACCUCAGACACAGUGUGAGCCAGGCAAGUUUUUACCAAUGUCAAAAUCUCAGAGGUCAGUCUGGUGUUCUCCAGCAGUAGCUGGCUUCACUCCACCUGUGAUGGCUUCCAGAUCAGAAUGUGACUCCACAAGCGAGUUAACAAGCAGCAAUGUGGAUACGCCUCAUGCCACUGAUGCCAGCACUGUUGACAAGCCUUGUGUUGUGGAUCAAGGGCAGCACACAAGUGCUAACCACGAAGUCAUCACAAGCGAUCAACUUUCAAGAGAUAUGACUAAAUGUGGCACUGACAUGAAUAAGAUAGAGAAUGAAGGAUCUAGUCGACUUAGCACUGGCAGACGACUUUUUGCUGAUAUUAGCAUGAUUGAGGGCACAUUAGACACAUCAUUCAAGCCGUUGUGGGCAGGUAAUUCUGGCACUGUGACAAAAGACAAGCCAUCUGUUCUGCCUCAUACAGAGGGAAAUUCUAGCACCUCCAACAAGAAGUUGUUUCCAGAGCUAUCACUACCUUCAGAGAGUAUGAAAAUAGAAGCAGAUCCAGAAACAUCUCAGCCACGGACAGACCGUAGGUCAUCAGAACUGUUUACCAAUGAGACUGAGCAGAGGAAUUUUGUCAUUCAUUCAUCAGAGCUGCCCAUGACAAGAUUUUGCUUUGAUUCUCCAAGAUUUUUGCCAUCUAGUCCUUCUGCUGAAAUUUCCCGAAGAGCAACUUUGACAGUGACCAAGUCUCGACCUUCAGAAGCACUUUUGGAUGCAGAGAAACUUUGCUUUAAGGAUAUUUUAUCAGUUGAGAAUAUUGACAUGACAUGUGAGCAAAAAGUGGAGAUCGUUGGCGGGGAAGUAUGGAAGGUAGAGACACUUACAAUAGACAGAAGGAACUCCAACUUCCCAGCUGCUUCAUCAGGGUAUGAUUGUGCAACUCCACCACAGCUUCCCACUUCGCCCAAGCCUGAGACCUCUCGCAGGUCAACUCAUCCUGUGAAAAAUCCUAAGGUUCUGAAUAAAGACAAGUCUGUCCCAACACAGCUGUCUUCUCUUAUGGUCAGUUCAGAAGAUUCCACCACCUAUGACAAGCAUGAUGCUCACACACCUGAGGAGAAAGACCAAGAUCACCCAUCAUAUAUGCUUACUUCAGAAAAGACUUUAUCCUCUCCUGCUGAAGUUCACCAUGAAAGAAAAGCUAUUGCUGCGGUACAUUCUGAAAGUGAUGAUGCUGGCAGCAGAGGCAAAGGAGUGAACAGUAGCUACUCAGAGCAUGUUUCAGGCAUAAACGAACUGAUCAUUGAUCCUGUGGCACAGGCAAGCAAAGAAAAUGAAAACCAGUUCCCAAAAGAGACAUUUGUGGACAGAGUGGAGAGCCAUGUCAUUGUCAACAGACAACAAAUAGCCAAGAAAUCAAGGUUUUCUACAGGGGAGGAGUGCUUCAUAUGUGAUACAUCAAAGGUUAGCGGUGACAUGUCUGUUGAUUCUCUUGAGGCUCACAAGAAUGGCAGUGAAAGUGACAAGGAUUUGGUGUUUGAAGACAAAGAACUGGAGGAAGAAAAAGAAGGAAGUAUACUUCCAACUGAUGAUAAAACAAUUGACACCAGGUGUGGGUCUUUUGCGUCCAGCUCAAAUCCACCUGUUGGUAAAGUGGUGGAUAUCGUCAAUAAAAACGUCAGGGAAAUUCUUAAUGAUGGUGAUGAUGUUAAUGGAAAGUCCCUCGCAGGAAAUAUUUUACAAGAAAAAACAUCAUCUUCACUUGUAGUGGAAAUGCCUGUUGCUAAAAAAAUUGACGUAUCGGAAGAAUCGUUGUUGCAGAAUCAAAGUUCUAGUCAACAAACUCUUGUGUUAUCAUAUGCAGCCCAUGAAAAGCCUGCAGCAUCUAGUGCAUGUUCAUUUGUGGUGGAUUUCUCAGCUUCAGCCCCAAUGCCUUUAACUUCCAAAGAUAUUUGCAAAGCACCGAAGUUACCAAAGACAAGAUCAAAAACAGCACUUUAUACAGAGGGCCAGCAACAGACCUUGAAACCGCAAAUGCAUAAUGCAAGGUCAUACACAGGCUUAGAGGUUUCUACCAAAAAGCAGACAGUCAGCACAAGUUCACUGGUGCAUCUCAACAUCACUGGUGCUGCACCAACAUUGAUGAGUGCUAGAAAAGGAGGGCACACAGAGUCAGAAAUUGAAGCAACAAAAUCUUUGAAAGGGGGUGUUAGACCUGUUUCUGCCACCAAGAGCCAGAAGAAACCUACCAAACCAUCAGCUGGCAUGUCCAUCAGUGCUAAUGACAGAGAAGGGAAGAAACCUGUGGUUGCCAAGGGCAUUGCUCAGUCCCAGCUGAUUCUGGUCAAGAAGCCAAAAAACACUAUGCCUAAGCAUCCCAUGCCUUUUGCGGCCAAAAACAUGUACUAUGAUGAGCGCUGGCAAGACAAACAGGAAAGAGGCUUUGUCCACUGGCUGAACUUCAUUCUGACACCUCCAGAUGAAUAUAACCUUGCCAACACCAAAAUGAAAGUUGAUGCAGGGUCCUUAAAUCUGGAUGUGGCUUCUUGUAAGUCAGGGCAGCACUAUGCCCCAAGCAAGGAGGUCCUGUCUUUCCGUGCUUACUCAGCUCGUCGAUCUUUGAACCAACUUCGCAGAGCCUCUUGCAACCUUUAUCAGUCAGACAGAGUCACCCACGUCAUACACCGGAUAGAACUGGAGGUGGAAAAUCGGAGGCUUGCCGUCAGGACUGAUCGGAUGAUCCAUGCUGACAUUGGCAUUAAGCAAAGAAUUCUGGAUAUGCUACUGAUGUACAAUCCUCUCUGGCUUCGUAUUGGACUAGAGACAGCAUUUGGAGAGGUGUUGCCUCUGCAGUCCAACAGUGACAUGGUAGGGUUGUCACGUUUCAUCCUAACACGACUGCUUAGCAGUCCAGACAUCAGUGCACAGUAUGCACACCCAACUGUCCCCCAUCUCUACCAAGAAGGCUUUGCUGAUGCAACUGCUCGUCACACCCUCAAGAAAUUCUUGCUUCUGGUGUACUUUCUUGAUCAGGCCAAACGCAUACGACUUAUCAACUAUGACCCCUGCCUCUUCUGCAAGGAUGCUGAUAUCAAGUCCUCAAAAGAGCUGCUGAUCAAGUUCUCUCGUGACUACCUGAGUGGUGAGGGGGACAUCACCAAGCACCUUGCUUACAUGGGCUAUACUGUGUCACAUGUGCAAACACCACUGGAUGAAUUUGAUUACUCUGUCAAAAACCUCUGCACAGAUUUGCGUGAUGGAUUACGGCUGGCGCGGGUAAUAAUGCUUUUGUCCAACAACUGGCAGUGCAUGCCAUCUCUGCGGGGUCCAGCGAUUAGUCGUCUGCAGAAAAUUCAUAACAUAGAGCUUAUCUUCAAGGUGCUUACAGACAAAGGUGUUGACUUGUCUACUCCAGAAGGUGGGGCUUUGAACCCUCGAGACAUAGUUGAUGGACACCGUGAAAAGACGUUGGCUUUUCUGUGGAAACUGAUCUUUCACUUUCAGACAGGGGUACUGCUGAAUGAGGAGGACCUGCAUAAAGAGAUUGGUCUGCUAGAGCGGAGUCUGAAGGUUAAACUGUGGAUGCAGCAGCAGCUUUCUCCACAUAAGGUGGCUGAGACUAUGGCACGAAGAGAUUCUGGCGAUCCUGAGGUGGCAACAGACAAACCAUUGGUGAAGCAGCUGCUUAAAUGGUGUCGCAAUGUCUGCCUGCAUUAUGGUGUAAAAGUUGAAAACUUCACGGUAUCCUUUUCGGAUGGACGAGCUUUGUGCUGCCUGGUGCACCACUAUCAUCCAGGUCUGCUGCCGCUGACCAAGAUACAGUUCCAAACCAUGCAGAGCUUCCAGGAGGCAGCAGAGGUGUCAGGAGAUCAAGGAGAUUCAGAUGUCAGUAUGGAGUGGCCUUCUGGCACUGUCUUUGGAGGAGAUACUAGCCCUGAACUGUUUGCAAAACUGAUGGCCAAUGAAAAAGAAAACUUUAAGACUCUGUAUGAAAAGGUGUCAGAGCUGGGUGGGAUUCCUUUGAUGCUGAAGGCCAGUGACAUGUCCAACACUAUACCUGAUGAGCGGAUUGUUAUGACCUACGUGUCCUACCUAUGUGCACGCCUGUUGGACCUGCGACAGGAGGCACGUGCAGCACGUGUGAUUCAGCUAGCCUGGCGACGCUUCCGUUUCCGCCAGUCUCUGGCCUUGCAGCAGAGAAGAUUGGAAGCCUGCCUCAUCAUCCAGAGAGCCUUCCGUGGGUACUUGGCCAAGCUGCACAGGCAGAGGCAGGUGACAGCAGCAUCGUGUAUUCAGGCUGCCUGGCGGGUCAGGCAGAAGGUGGCCAUCGUUCGAAGAGCCAGAGAGGAUUUACUUUACCAUGCAGCCAUCACUGUGCAGAAAAAUGUCCGUACAUACUUGGCCCAGAAAAGCUAUCAGAGACAGAAGGAGGCUGUCAAGAUCAUACAAUCAUGGUUCAGAGCCACAUGGGCAAGACAGCAGUUUAGAAGAAAGCGUGAAGCUUGUCUCCUCUUGCAGCAUCUGUAUCGGGGGCGCAAGACCACAAUGGCUGCCCGGAUUUGUUUCCUCCGGCAGAGACAGUCUGCAGUUCUCAUCCAACGUGCCUUCAGGAGGAAGAGGGCAAUGAAGGAGGAGGAGAAGAUGAGGAGGGCAGCUGACAAGAGGGAGGAGGAGGCAAGGAGGAGAGAGCAAGCAGCAUGUUUGUUGCAGGUCGCCUGGAGAGGGAGGAAAUGUCGCCAAGUCUACAUUCAGAAAAUUCAGGCUAUAAUUGUGCUGCAGGCCUGGUGGAGAAUGGCCAGUGCAAGAUCUCAGUUCAUCAAAAUGCUUACCGCUGUAAGGAUCAUCCAAUCACGAGUGAGAGCUGUCAAAAUUGGUACCAAGGCUAGAAGAGAAUUCCUUGAUCUGCGCCUUGCAGCUGUCACCAUUCAAAAACACUGGCGCAGACAUCAAAACCAGAGGGACUAUCAGGCUUCCAGGAGAGCAGCUGUAAUGAUUCAGGCAAAUUUUCGACGUUUCAAGUGUGCUGCUGAGUACCGGACCCUUCGGCUGGCUGCCAUCAGCAUCCAGCAGAUGUGGCGAGCACGUCUGGCCAGGGACAAAGCCAGAGGCAAGUACAAGCACAUGCAAGCUGCCUGUAUCACCAUCCAGCGCUGGAUUCGAAGGAAGAUGCGACACCAAGCUGCCAGGAGAGAGGCUGCAAGCUGCAAGAUUCAGGCACUCUGGCGUGGCUAUCAAGCACGUCAGCAGAUGAAAGUAAUGAAAAAUGUUGACAGACAAGAAAAGGCAGCCACCCGAAUUCAAGCCUGGACUCAAGCCUGUAAGGUGAGGAGAGAGUACAGAAAAUUUAAAAAGUCUGUUUUGCUCCUUCAGACCCAAAUCAGAGCAUUGUUGGCCAGGAAGAGGUUCAAGGAAAUGCAAGAAGCUUGGGUGAUGGCACAGAAGCAAGCAGCUUUACGAGCUAAUUUUCAGUCAGUGAUUAAUGAGCUUUUGCAGCGGUGGACUGCUGCAGUUGUUAUACAGGCAUCUUGGCGAUGCUAUCGGCAGAAACAGUCUUAUGAAGCAAGAAAGAUGGCAGCCGUGUGCAUUCAAGCAGCUUUCCGUGGCCAUGCUCAGAGACAACGAUUUCUGUCUCUUGUCACAGCAGCAGUAACAGUUCAGCAAAGAUUCCGAUCCUUGCGAAGACUGCGUGCUGCCAUCGUGAUUCAGUCAUGGUGGCGAAUGUGUCGAGAACGAAAGAUCUUCCUGCUGAGAAAAUCAAGUGCUGUGCGUCUUCAGGCUGCAGUAAGGCGGACAUUAGUGGAAAGACGAUAUCGUCAACUGCUGCAAGUCACCAUAUUUCUACAGCGCAAAUACAGAGCUCGACUGUUGGGACAAGCCGUACGCCUUGAUUACCAGUUAAUGGUUGGAGCAGCCAUCGUGAUCCAGGCUACCUGGAAGAUGCAUGUGCUGCGAGGCUGUUACCUCCAUCUGCGACAGAACAUCAUCAAGACUCAGGCAUGCUGCAGACGUUUUCUGGUGCAGCAUCAGUACCGGUGUCUGCAGAGAGCUGCUGUGUGCCUGCAACGCCAGUACAGAAGCAAACUGUUAACCAUCAAAACACAAGCAGCAUACAAGACUUCAAGGGCUGCCAUUAUCAGGCUUCAAGCACGGGUCAAAGGUCGUCAUCAGCGCCAUAAGUUUCUGCAGGCAAAGAGGGCCUGUGUUGUCCUGCAGUCUGCCACAAGAAUGUGGCUUGCGCAGAAGCAAUACCAAGAACAGAGGCAUGCUACCAUUGUAAUGCAGCAGAGAUGGCGAGCCAUUCUUCUAGCCAGGAGGCUGAGCUCGCACUACAUAGCUAUGAGAAUGGCUGCCAUCACAUUGCAGGCAGCAUUUCGGGGUCAUCUUGUCAGGCAGUCCAUGUUUAAUCAGCACCAAGCUGCAGCCAUCAUUCAGCGAGCAUUCAGGACCCAUCGAUCCAGGGAGAAGUUUCUGGACAUGAAGAAAGCAGCACUCACAUUGCAAAUGCACUUUCGUGCAUUUCUGCUUAGUAGAAGUCGGCGGGAAGAAUUUCUUCGAAUUCAGCAUGCUUGCAUCCUCGUGCAGGCACUUUACAGGGGCCACGCAGCUCGACAGCGUUACUUUGCUGUCAGGCUGAUCAUUGUCAAACUGCAAGCCAGGGUCAGAGGUCUUCAACAGCAGAAAAGAUAUAAAGCUUUGCAUGACGCUGUGAUUGUCUGUCAGAGACGAUACCGAGCCAAACAGCUGGGUGGAGUUUUCCGCGAAGCAUUUUUGCUCAUCCGAGAGGCUGCCAUUAUCAUUCAGAAGCACGUUAGAGGAUUGAUGGCUCGCAGACAGUACCAAAAGUACCACUUGGGGGCUACCAUCAUUCAGGCCCACAUCCGGGGAUGGCUUCAGCGACAGGAGUAUGCCAGACAGAAGCAGGCAGCAGCAGUAUUGCAAAGUUACUUCAGAGCAUGGCGAGAGGGGCGGAGAGACAGGGAUCAAUAUCUGCAAAUGCGGCAAGCAGCACUCACAUUGCAGAAUGCCUGGCGUGCCUUGCGCACACGCAGAGUCCAGUGCCAGUCUUUUGCUGCUACAGUCUUUCAGAAACACUUCCGGCGCUUAACAGCACAGAAGGAAUACCACCACAAAUUGAGCUGCAUUGUUCAAGCACAAGCCCAUGUACGGAGAUACCUCGCCUGGAAAAAUUAUUCACGCAAGAGGUUUGCUGUCGUCAAGAUCCAGAAACGUCUUAGAGAAACAUUGCUGGCAAAACGUGAGCGAAAAGAGUUUGUUCAACUGCGAAAGGCAACUGUGAUUUUACAGUCAGCUUAUCGUGGAAGUUCUGCUCGGUGUAAUUAUGCUAGAGUAAGGCAGCAUGUCAUCCUUCUGCAGGCAGUUGUGAGAGGGUGGCUAAAGCGCAGGCAUCUGCAGCAGCUAAGACAAGCGGUUCUGAUGCUGGAGAGAAAGCAUCUUGCGAACCUUGCAACAAGGAAACAAAGGAACCUUUUCUUGAAACAGAAAAAAGCAGCAGUUUAUAUACAGGAAGCAUUCAGAGCAUGGCAGGUAAAGCAAAUAAAUAAAAAAACUCAGGCAGCAAUUUGCAUACAGUCCCACAUCAGGAGAUUCUUGCUUCAGCAAAAGUUCUUAAAAAUGAAACAAGCCACCAUUACACUUCAGGCUUACACCCGGCGUUUCCUGGCAAUGAGAGUUGUGUCAGUCAAAAAGGCAGCCAUUUUGACCAUUCAGCAGCAGGUGAGGUGGUUUAUCUUGUCCCGCACACUGCUCGAUGAAGUGCAAAGGCGGCGACGAGCUGCUUGCCUCAUCCAGCAGGCUUUUCGGAAGCACCAGAGAGCUGAGCUGGAUAAGAAGCUUGCUGCUGUCAUUAAAAUUCAAACAGAAGUUCACAGGUGGCAAGAGCUACAAACCUUUCAAGCAAAGAAAAAUGCCGUGGUUGUACUUCAGAGCGCCUUGCGUGGCUGGCAAGGUCGUCAACAGGCCACUGCAAGGCGAAGACUGCUGCAUGCUGUCACCACAGUGCAAGCAGCGGUCAGAGCUCACCUGGCUGUAAGAUUCAAGGAGGAAUGGCAUCAAAAACGUCUAAAAUACCUGCAGCAAGUGGUGCUGGCAGCAAAUUACCAUCUGAUGGUUAUUAGAAUUCAGCGGUGGUACCGCCGUCUUCGGCUGGAGCGACAAGCCCGUGACCAUCUUCAUGCCGUUAUUCUUCUACAGACUUGGUUCAGGACGUGUAUUGAGAGGUGCAGGUUCAUGCAUGCACGAGUACAAGCACAACUCCAGCAAGAGAGAGAAGAACAGGCUGCGAGAGUCAUACAGAGAGCCCUCAGGAAGUGGCAUAAAUCACAAGAGGAAAAACGUCGUGAAAGGCUUGUCAUUAAGAUACAGGCCACAUGGAGAGGUCACCGGCUCCGGCGAAGCAUCAGUAACAGAAAGAUCGCCAGCGCACGUCGGCGAGUUUUGGAAGCCAAUGAGGCAGCAACAGAAGAGAAAAAAUUGGGCAACCGCACAGCAUCUGCCCUUGAUUUCUUGCUGCGAUACAAGCAGCUGGCGUACAUCUUGGAGUCUGUCAUGCAUCUAGAUGUGGCCACUCGAUUGUCACCUGUGUGCUGUGAGCGUCUAGUUGAGGUGAAUGCCGUUGGUGUGAUCUAUCGCCUGAUCUUAAGUUGCAACCGGAGUCUGCCACAUAUGGAAGUCAUCAAGUUUUGUGUUAACAUCCUUCUUAACCUGGCUAAGUAUGAAAAGACUACUGCAGCGGUCUACGAGGUGCCAGAGUCUGUUGGCACCAUAGUGGAGCUGAUGUCCAUUUACCGUGAGAAAGGUGGCAUCAUUUUUUCCAAGUGCUGCAUGCUCCUUGCUAUUCUCGGUCGUGAACCCCAGCGACGAACGGAAAUUGUGGCUGUAAAGAAAGUUGUCGAGAAGCUACAGUCACUUCAUUCCCUGGUGGUGCGUAAACAUCAUAUGCAGGUGAAUAGGGCUCGUGCUGUGGCCCGCGCUUCCCUCAACGCUACCCUUCCAUCACACCUUCAGGCCCCUUCCAGCAUUAAGAUGCGUCCUGACUGGGUCUUGCGCCGUGACAGCAUGCAGGAGAUUGAGGACCCAUUGCCUGCAAUCUCGUUUCUUCUUACCACCCUGCACAUUGGCCCAAAGUAGUUGCAGAUGCCUUUGCUAAUAUUAAUAUUAAUGUAACUGCCAGAGCCUUCGGAUACCGUUUCCGUUCUGUGAUCUUUCAGUGGGUUUCUCAGUACCAUUGUCCUGUGUGUAAAUAGAACAGGAUGUGUGUGGAUAAAGGGUGCUUACGAGCAGAAGAAUGAGGCAUUGUGCCUCGAACUGUUCACCUUCAGCUGGUGGUGUGACAAAAAAUGUGAUAAUGGUACUUUCUAAUGAGGUGUGCAAAUAAUUGUUUUGGGGUUUUUUUUGGUUUUUUUUAUGCAACAUCAGCUAAUAAAAUGCAGUGCCCCGAGAAGAUGCUUAUUUUAUGAUAAUGAUAAUCCCAAGCACUUUAGACUUUGUAUAGAGAGAUGAUUUUCUGACUAUUGGGUAAUGCUUGGAAAUUGAAAUCUUGGACAUUUUAUUCAUAAAUGCAUAAGCAGACAUGCAUUCAGCACACGAAAAUGUUACCUGUUGAUAUCAUUUCACAUUUUUCUGCAAUUUAUUUUGUACAUUCAUAUCUCAUGCCCAGAUUUACUGUUGCUGGGCAUCAAAAUAAUGUCUGCAGAUGUACAUAAUCCCUACCCAAAGCUGCGAAGUACAUUUAGUCAUGUAUGACUGGCGUUUGUUAUUGGGAUUCAGAUACUGCAUGCUUUUAUGGGGCUUGGUGAACCUGUUCACUGGCCCAGUGAUGUGUGUUACAAUAUUGGUUGUGUAGUAACCACAAGUAGAUUGUGAAUCUGUGCUUGUUGCUUCAUAGGUCCUUUUUGAUCUUAAGUGGAAGUUAAGUACAAAAAACCUUGUAAGCAAACAGAUUAUAUUUAGAUAAAUGUUUCAAAUUUUUGUCUAGACACUUCAAAAUGCACUGCAGCAAAAUUUAAUAAUGAUAAUAUUAAAAGUUACCUGGAAAUAUUUCAUGUAAGUCAUGUUUGUAUUGUUACUGUGCAUUGUUACAAUACUUAAAAAUUCAUUUGCAAAGUGACACUGCACAAGGAACAUGUCGUAUGAAGGUGAUCACUACUUUCUCAAGCACACACUUGCAGUUGCCACUACAUGCACUCUGGUAUAUACAUUUUUAUGCAAAAAGCAAUCAGUUCCAACUCUUGCCACAGUUCUGAGAAGCUUAUUGCAGAAACUGUUUCUCAGGUAGGAUCUCCUGGCCUGGAUAUGUAUCUGACCCCAGAGGGCAUGCACUUAAAAAAUGCUGAGACUGGAAAAUCUGGUGUAGGAAGUAGCCUGAUGAACCUUCUUGAUGAGAGACACCACGUGGUUGUCCCAGCUGAGGCCAUUCAGCCCAUGGUCAUUUCCAGGAACUGGUACCGGUCUCUCUGCACUAUGUCCUCAGUGUCAACGACGAGGUUCCACAGGGCCUCUCUUCCUGCUGUAAUAAAUCACCAUCUUAAUCUCAGGCAUUUAGCUAUCAACUUUAAUCUAUCCUUUUGGCAGUUCAUGGAGUGGUUGAGAGUGGUUGCAAAACCAGCAAGCCAAUGCAUUUUCUUCUCUUGCACAUGGUUGUUAAACUGCCGAUGAAGUGCGAACAUAUAUGCCUGGUGAUGCAUAGCAAAGUGAAUAACUAGCAGAUGUACCAGUUGAACAGUGUUCCCAAAAUGUGGACAUUUCUUUGAAAUUUUAACAAAUAUGUGCCAUUAAUUCUUUUUUUAAGGAUAAACAGCUGUAGACAAGUGCUUAACAGAUGGAGCAAGUGUCCCAUGUUCUUUCUUUGUGCUCAGCUAUGUGUUUAUACAUAAACAUGGCAGAGAAUAAGAUACAAUAUGAUUGAAGCUGUCUUGGUUUAUUUGCUCUGCUGUCUUCUAAGAGAACGAAUUAGUUUUUUUUUUAAUUUUAGUUGUGGUCAUGGUGAUCUUUGAGUUUUGUAUGAAGACAAUUGCUUGUAAUAUAAACAGAAGAUCAAUGCUUUAAUGUAACUAUGCAUAAAGCUUCUGAAACAAUGACAA